AUGAGUGAUUCGUUUACGAAUUCCGAAAAGGAAAAGGUGUUGGAAUCACUUGUUUCACCAAUCAAGAAGCAGGAGAGGCGAUACAGUGAUUUCGAUGCGAAGAAUAACGAGGAGAACUCUGUCGUUUCACUAAAUUCCGAUAAUUCACUGUACUGUUGGUAUCGUUGUUUUUUAGAUAGAUGGGACUCGAAAUAUUCGGAUUCUACAGAUGAAGAGAGUGAUAUUACUAUUGGAAGGAAAGGAGAGUUGGUUCUUGAUGACUCGAUGGACGAAGAUUCGAUGCAGAAGGUCGUCAUUCCGUUAACUCAAGACGUAAAACCUCCUUUCUGUUACUUUUGUCAUGGAACUGAGGAUCUAAUCAAAUGUACCGGUGGUUGUGGUCGCUCGUAUCAUCUUCGUUGUAUUGGGAUGAAGAUGGGUAAAAUAGAAACGUGGAAAUGUCGUCAGUGCCGAGGACAAGCUCUCAAGUCCUCUAAUUUUCACAAAAAGCAUUGUCUCCGUGAAUGGUACAUUCGAAAUGCUGGAGUGAAUGUUACUGGGGGUGUGAGUUUAAUCAUCGAGGGCUCAAACACGCUAGACAAUACAGUAUGGCGCUGUUCGACAGUAGACCAUUUGCUGGAUGCAACACACUUCGUAACGGCUUCAGGUUCGAUUUAUUGCCUGAUAGGAGCGAUGAGUGAAGUAAAAACCCGUGAAAAUGGAUUCAAUGAAGAAGUGAUCAAUUCGUUUCGAAAUGGAAUUCCAGAAAACUGGAGAGAUGUGAUUCUGAAGCAUCAUGUCGCUCUUUCCUCAAUCCCAGUAGAGUCUUCGAUGAAGUUUCAAGACCCUCCGAAAGAGACUGAAAGCAAGGUGGAAGAAAAGGAACCAUUGGAUCGAGAUGUAUCAAAGCCAAAACGACAGACAAAAAAGAGAAAAGGGACGGAGUUUCGCCCUCCUCGAAUGGUGGUUUUGGAUAAACCUGUUGAGAAAGUGUGUAUUGAUGAGGAAUUGAAUGUGCCUGACGAUCGGAAGUUGUAA